CGUAAUUACGAGAUGAACGUGUCUAAUUACUUUUUUUUAAUCCAGUGAAUGCAAUGCCUUUCCAUACAGGACAAAGUACCAAUGGCAUAUGAAAACUAAACCGUGUUGGUUCAGAUUCACAAAAACCGAGUGCAAAUCUGCUGUCUUUGAACGAGCCAGCUAAGCUAAGCUACGAAGCUAACAGAGGAUACCUGGAACAACAGCGACACAAUAACUAAGGCUUUAACGGCAUGGAGGGUGACAGAAUGGACGUGGGAAACCAGAAACCAAACAUCCAUGUGGAGGUCCAUGUUAAAUCCCACAGCACUGCUAAACAGUCUGAUGUGAAGAUGCAUGUACUGGCUCUCCUGAAUCGCCACAGCCUGGUUUUUGGAAACUACAGAUGGACAGAGUUUGAUGAAGAAUUCCUGCAGAAGCAUGUGGAAUCUGUGGUUCUGGUUGAUCUUGAUGAAAUGCCCGUUGAUUUGAAGAGCUGCUCUCUGUCGGUCCACAUCUUCACGCUGAAUGAGGACGGGCCCAGCACGCUCAGUUUGGAGGAGGAUGAGGAGCUUUCAGCAGCCAACCACUGGUUGCUGCCAGCAGCUGAAUUCCAUGGUAUCUGGGAGAGUCUGGUAUAUGACAGUGGAGUCAAAACUCAGCUCCUGGAUUACGUCACAACAACAAUUUACUUCUCCGACAAAAAUGUUGACAGCAACCUGAUUUCAUGGAACCGUGUCGUUCUGCUUCAUGGUCCUCCAGGCACAGGGAAAACGUCACUUUGCAAAGCUCUUGCCCAGAAGCUGUCAAUCAGACUGUCGAGUCGGUAUUCCUAUGGGCAAUUUGUCGAGAUAAACAGCCACAGCUUGUUCUCAAAGUGGUUCUCAGAGAGCGGUAAGCUGGUCACAAAGAUGUUUCAGAAGAUCCAACAACUGAUUGAUGACAAAGAUGCUCUUGUGUUUGUUCUGAUUGAUGAGGUGGAAAGCCUGACAGCAGCUAGAAAUGCCUCUCAGGCGGGAACGGAGCCCUCCGACGCCAUCCGAGUGGUCAACUCCGUUCUCACUCAACUGGACCAGAUCAAACGACAUUCCAACGUCGUGAUCCUGACGACCUCCAAUGUGACAGAAAAGAUAGACCUGGCGUUUGUGGACAGAGCCGACAUCAAGCAAUACAUCGGACCUCCGUCAGUGGACGGCAUCUACAGCAUCUACCUCUCCUGUCUGGAGGAGCUGAUGAAGUGCCAGAUCAUCUACCCCCGGCAGCAGCUGUUCACCAUAUUUGAGCUCGAGACGAUGGGCUUUGCAGAGAGUGAGGUGUCCGAGCACAGCUUGACCCUUAGGGUCAUUGCUCUAAAAAGCAAGGGUUUGAGUGGAAGAGCGCUCAGGAAGUUACCGUUUCUAGCCCAUGCACUGUUUGUUAAGACACCGACAGUGACUCUUGAGAGGUUUCUGGAGGCUAUGGUGCAAGCAGUGGAUAAACAGAUGGAGGAAAAAGCUAACCUGGUCAACGGUGUUUGAACUCUUUACAAUGCCCAAAGGGUGACACAUGAUUGUUUAUCAGCUGUCACAUGCAAAUAACUGGUUUGUAGCUGGGAAAACAACUGCAACUGUUAUUUACAAAGCUUGUUCAGUUAAUUUGGCAGCACUGUGUUGAAUAUAUUGUCAGGAAUUAACAAAUACCUUCUUUAACGCAACUCUUUAUUCAGGUAAUUUUCUUGGUGCUUCUACCUUAAAGACCAAAAGGGUUUGGUUUAAGAUGGAGUGCCUGGUGCUUGAAUUUUCUAUGUGUUUAACCCGAUUGUUUACUCUGUUCCUGUUGUCAAAGUGUUAUUUUUUUGUCACAAGAAUCUUUAACAGUAUCAGCUUCUUCUUGUACGCAUGUUUAAAGGGAGAGUUCAGGUUUAUUUUAGUGUUUGUUUUUUGCUGUAGUUAUUUUUUGUGUUUAUCUCUGCAUGGACAUUUGCUCAGCCUGUGGAUUAUGUUGGAAAUAUCCCUUUUACAAUGCAGCUUGUCAGACAGAAUUCAAAAGCAGUCCCUCAGUGGACAAUGAAGCGUCAGAUAUACAGUAACGAACAUGCAACGUUAUGUUGUGUUGUGGUUUCUGUUGUUUUGUGGACUGGUUUCAUUUUCUGUUGAUUUCUGUUGUAUGGCCAGCUGUUUUCACUGGCACCUCCAUCCACAGGAUCUGUACAAUAAGCUAAUGUCCAUGUACAAUACUUCAUUUAAGUUGAAAAAAUGUGAACUGUCCCUUUUUAAACCUGCUUUUUUUGUACUCUGUUCAUGUCGCUCAUGUUUUAAAAAUGGAUGUUCCUCCUUCCCCAUCAGUUGAACGUGUUCAGUUAUAUUUGUCAGUUCUUUAUUUAUGCUAACAACAGAUCAUUUAUCAAACUUAUGUUCAUGACAACUUUGGUUUGUGUACAUAGAACAUUGUAAUAAACACUAUUGUAGUGUGUUUGUUUGCA